UUGAAGCCCUUACUCCAUAGGUGACGGAGUCACUCUUCUCCCUGCUGCAUCGCCGGUCCCGCACCCAGUCGCCGGCCUCCGUCGAAUCGACGGCCACCAGCCAUAAUAAAAAGGAUAUAGGUAUUUGCAAUUCAAUCCAUUUAUGGGAACUGAUAAGUGGGCAAGUUUUUCAGAAGGAACAAGUGAUUCUGAAGGCUAUGUGGAGGAUCUUGAUGAUGAGGACCAUUGCUGUGCAUUUGCAUCCACUGAUAUACCCAAUUUGCAGUUCAGGAAAGAUAUUUCAAGAUCACGGUGGCUUGACCACUUAGGAAUGGCUGAGGUCGUGGAGAGGAAGGGUGGAUUGUGGACAACUACUGGGAUAGUUCUUAAUGGCAAGAUAUAUUGCUUCAUUGAAGAGACGUUAUAUCUGGCGGAAGUUGGGGCUCUACAUCUCUUCAGUAACAAUGAUGCACCCCUAUCUCUGGAACAUAUAUACAAUAGGGUUGCAGAAGGAAAAAGUGGUUGUUCCUUGAAAUGUUUUGAAGCCUAUAAGCACCUGAAAUCUCUUGGUUAUAUAGUCGGGCGUCAUGGUAUUCCUUGGUCAGUUAGAAGGUCAAGUGUAAAUUAUAUUUCUAACCAAGACCUGCUGGAGACUGCUGAGAUUGAAGAUAAGGAAUCAAGAGACAGCAUUCUCAUCAGUGAAAUGUUUAGUAAUAUGCAAAUUGGUGGAUUGAGAAUGGUUUUUGAUGUUUACCCUCCUAAUAGUAGAUUCAGAAAGUCUGCACCUGGCGAUCCAUGUUUUGUACUUUGUCUUGCCAGUGAGGAUCCACCUUCCAAAGAAGAGAUUGAAGAUCUUGAGAGACAUUCUCAUGGUAUUCCUUUGAAAUUCUGUCUGGUUGAGCAUGGGCGUGUGAGCUUUUUCUCAUUCAACAGAGUUGAGCUUCCUAUCCUUCCAUGACCCCGACCAGCAAUGAAUCCAAAUAUCGACAUGCCUUGAGAAGAGCUAUGGUACAAUUAUGAAUUUUAAGUUUGUGAAUUGAUGUUUCACCAUUGUGUAAUAGGCGUCUGCAUUAUUCAGACGAUAAGCAUGUCUGGCUUACGAAUCAGGACCUAGUCUCCUGUGCUUAUAACAAAACCAGAGUGAGUCUUGUCUUCUUUGCCCUCAAUGUUUUUGUAAAAGUUGAAGGUUGGUUUAUUUUAUUGCCUAACAUACGUGUUACACUGGUGAAAUUUAAAUUUAGUCUGGUCAAAAG